AUGCUGAAUACAAAGAAGAACACUACUAAUAAUACUCCUACUGCAGCAGCAGCGGCGGAGGAGGAGGCCGGUAUGACGGUGCGUCAACGCCUGCGGUUGAAGCGCGAAUUAGAGGAGAAACGGAAGUUUGGUCUUGCACCGCUCGCUGUGGAUGAAGUUUCAGGCAAUGAGAUUAGCCCAAAUGUACCGCAGCUUAUUUCACAGGCUCCGUGGUACUACGGCACCACCGGCCCCACUCUUGACCACCAGCGCCUAAAGUGCGUCGACACGAUGGACAGGCUUCAGGAUCAACAUGACACGGUCGUGGUGCUUGGAAAAGCAAAGACGUACUCAGCUGGGGCCUGCGGUAACUGUGGCUCCAGCACGCACAAGACAAGUGAGUGCUACAAACCCCGCAAGAAGGUAGGCGCAAUGUACAGUGGCAAGGUGACAUCUGUCGACAUGCAUGUGGAACGGACCGAAAAAAGUUAUGCGCAAAAGCGUGACCGGUAUGCUGUGGGUGCUAGCGGCGUGGACUUAUUGCAGCAGUCAUCACAGGAAGGAGAGGAAGAAACGCAAGCAACCGGGAAUCUGCAUGCCAACGGCGAGAUGAUAGUAAAAAAGCAUCCGCGACUACAAGACGUGUUUGCCACGCAGACUGCCGUGACAGGCGAAGGGGCGGAGAUCAAAGAAUUGCCGAAGCACUUGCACAACCUUGACGACGACAGCGCAAUGUUCGACCCAAAGACGGGAUCCAUGCGUGGAAACCCGAACGCGGCGGAUCCAACCCGGACGUUCCAAGGGGACCUGCAGCGCUACCGCACCGGAGACUACUACACAUAUCUUGACAUGCAGCUACGAUUUCUGAACGGCGAGUCAAAGUCGAUUGUUGACUUUAGACUGGAUGAACAGCUGCAGAAACAGAAACGACAAGAGCGGCAGCAGCAGAAGGAUGAAGGCAAUAGUAAUAAUAAUAACAAUAAUAACAGUAGUAGUAAUGAAAACCGCAGCGUUGACACAGAGGAGGAAAUGACGCGGGAUCGGUUACUGCGAUCACUUUACGGAGAGUCCUCAUGUGCCUCCGCAGAGAAUUCUCUGCGCAUGAGGGAGGCAAUUGCCGGCUUUGCUGCUGCUUCCGCUGCAUCGUUGUCAUCAUCACCGCAGGCGGCAUCAUCAUCGUCAUUGGCUUUGUCUUCCAUGACAACACCGAUAAAUCUUCCUCAGGUUCGUAUUGGCUCGGCUACGCGAAACGGUCACGCAUGCGUGUACGGCAGUUAUUUUGAUCGAGAAGGGUUCCGAUGGGGGUACAAAUGCUGCAAGCGCCUUGGGAAGGAUGCAGCGGCGUGCCAAUCCACACCUGCGGAACCAUCCGUGGCUGCGAAGGCGGAAGGAGAGGCAUUGGGCCAAGCAUCAUGA